UGUUCCACGCCACUCGUAGCGCUUUUCCCAUCGGUACGAAUCGUUGAUUGUUCUCUGCACAAGGAGGGAUUGGGGACAUGAAUUUGUAUUGUCAUCGAUAAGGAGUUAGGGUUUCAUUUAUAUACACUCUCUUGAUCCUGUUCGCCAACGAUCAGCUUUUGAGCUUUGCCUGUGAAGCAGUGGGUACUUGUGAGCUGUGAGUCAUAUUUGGCGUUUAAGCAAUGGAUAAAGCAAAGGAUCAUGGAUUAUUUGCUAAUGAUGGUUCAUUCAUGGAGAGAUUUAAACAGCUUCAACAAGAGAAGCAGAAGGAGGAGGAGAAAAAGAAUAAGAGUGAAGUAUUGGGUAAAUCAAAUUCAGGCUCUAGUACAGUUGUAACUUCGUUUCCAAAGACUGUCAUUAGCAAAACAACCAUUGACUUUAAGGCUAAUAACUUGCGAAAACCAAAUCAAGUUGCUUCAAGUGGAAAGCUUGCAUUCAGCCUUAAACAAAAGUCUAAACUGUUGACAACUGUUAAGUUUGGGGAGGACGAAGAUGAAGAUGAUAAGGAUGCUGAAAAUUCCUCUGGGGAUGGGCCAACCAAGCGGCCAAGGUUGGGCCAACCUGACUCUUCUGAUCAGUUUAAAAGACAAGUUGAUGUUGCACUGCCUUCUCCGAGUGAUCCUACAGUGAAGAAAGUUGCAGACAAGUUAGCCAGUUUUGUGGCCAAGAAUGGAAGGCAGUUUGAGCAUGUAACUAGGCAGAAGAACCCAGGAGACACUCCCUUCAAGUUUUUAUUUGACGAAAGCUGUCCUGACUACAAAUAUUAUGAAUAUCGACUUAGUGAGGAGGAAAAGGCUUUGUCCCAAUCUAGAGAUUCUCAAACAUCACAGAGUGGCACUGGUCCAACUCCCAACUCAACAACUGGCUCAAAGAGAUCACAUUAUCAACAUUCGAAAUAUCAGAUCCCAGCCUCAGCUUUAUAUGAAACCGAUAACACAGGAGGUGAAUCUAGUGCUCCAUCUGGGUCAGAUCCUAUAGCAAUGAUGGAAUACUACAUGAAAAGGGCUGCGCAGGAAGAGAAGUUGAGGCCUCCUAAAUCCUCAAAGGAUGAGAUGCCCCCACCUCCAUCCCUGCAAGCUCCAAAGAAAGGGCACCACAUGGGCGAUUAUAUUCCUCCUGAAGAGCUAGAGAAGUUUCUGGCCAACUGUAAUGAUGCUGCAGCACAGAAAGUUGCAAAAGAGCAUGCUGAAAGAGCGAAAAUUCAGGCUGAUAAUGUUGGUCACCGACUCUUGUCAAAAAUGGGCUGGAAGGAAGGUGAGGGCCUGGGUAGCUCCAAAAGUGGGAUUGCUGCUCCAAUUAUGGCUGGUGAUGUGAAGAAGGAUAACUUGGGUGUUGGUGCUCAUGCUCCGGGAGAGGUUACUUCCGAGGAUGACAUAUAUGAGCAGUACAAGAAGCGGAUGAUGCUUGGUUACCGUUACAGGCCAAAUCCUCUGAACAACCCACGGAAGGCGUAUUAUUAGUGUGUUGAAGCUGCAGUAACAACUGCCCCAUUCUUCUUCAACUUGUUUGCUUUUCUUUGUGUUCACUGCAUCUUGUGGAACCAUAUGCUAUGCGUCCAUCCUGUUCAGCUUUGUAUCAGACAACUACCGGUAAUUUAUGCUUUUCCUGCUGGGGCAUUGACUAAGAAUUCAUUCUUGUUCUGCAUAUUUUGAUAACAUUGCUUUUAAUUUUUUAUGGCAUUAUACUAUUGACACUCUACUCGAAUGAAUGAAAAUACUUUUCAA